AUGGCUGUAUCUGAAAUUGCCUUCAUCCACCUGAAAUCCCAGGACCUCUCACCCUCCACCAAAGAAACCUUACUAGAAGCCCAGAAAGCACAAACAGAGUAUUCAAAACACCAAGUCCGAUUCCUGCAUCAAAUCGAAGACCCAUCUUUCUAUUACCUGCUAGGCGGAUGGGAAUCCGUCGAGAAACACAUGCACGAGUGGAUCCCAUCUGAGACGAACCAGAAGCUGCUUGAACGGCUAGGCCAGGACUUGGAUGUCAGCUGGAUGUUUCAUUUAGAUUUGGAUCCAUCCACAUCCAGAAUCCCUCUUGAUGCACCAGUUCUUGGUAUAAGUAGGUAUUUCGUUGAGGCAAGCAAGAAGAACGAAUUCGACGUUGCCUACAAGGCUAGUGAGAGUUACUUGGGUGCUGCCACGGCACCAUUUUCUUACUGCGGUGCAUGGCGCAUUGAUAAGGAGGGCGAAGAUGAGGAGUUUGUGAUUUUCAGUGGAUGGAAUGAAGUACAGGAUCACUUCGACUUUGCUGUGUCCGAGGGCCCCAAAGAUUUUGGGAAGAUUAGAGAGCUUACGAUGGGGGCGGAGAUCAAGCAUGUUCGUCUUCAGAAGUGGGAGUAA